AUGGCUGGCCUGAGACUGCGGGGACUGGCAUCCUCCAAACUUUAUCAGCGCCGUCAGGAUCGGCUAAGUGGCACAGGUAACAUGUCUGAUGCUCUCGCAAAUGCAGUAUGUGAACGCUGCCAGACUCGAUUUGAUCCUGCAGAAAGGAUUGUGAACAGCAAUGGGGAGCUCUAUCAUGAAAACUGCUUUGUCUGUGCUCAGUGUUUUCGUCAGUUCCCAGAUGGACUUUUUUAUGAGUUCGAAGGUCGGAAGUACUGUGAGCAUGACUUUCAGAUGCUGUUUGCUCCUUGCUGCGGGGAAUGUGGUGAGUUCAUCAUUGGGCGCGUUAUCAAGGCUAUGAACAAUAACUGGCACCCAGAGUGCUUCCGCUGUGAGCUCUGCGAUGUAGUGCUUGCUGACCUGGGGUUUGUGAAGAAUGCUGGCAGGCAUCUGUGCAGGCCAUGCCAUAACCGUGAAAAAGCUAAGGGACUGGGCAAGUACAUCUGUCAGAAGUGCCACUUGAUAAUUGAUGAGCAGCCUCUGAUGUUUAGGAAUGAUUCCUACCAUCCCGAUCACUUCAACUGCACCCACUGUGGGAAGGAGCUGACCGCUGAGGCCCGGGAACUGAAGGGAGAGCUGUAUUGCCUGCCCUGCCACGACAAGAUGGGAAUCCCCAUCUGUGGAGCCUGUCGUAGGCCCAUUGAAGGACGAGUCGUCAAUGCUCUGGGAAAGCAAUGGCAUGUUGAGCAUUUUGUUUGUGCCAAAUGUGAGAAGCCAUUCUUGGGGCACCGACACUAUGAGAAAAAAGGACUGGCUUACUGUGAAACUCACUAUAACCAGCUCUUUGGAGAUGUCUGCUACAACUGCAGCCACGUGAUAGAGGGAGAUGUGGUAUCAGCUCUUAACAAGGCCUGGUGUGUGAAUUGCUUCUCCUGCUCCACCUGCAACAUCAAGCUUACACUGAAGAAUAAGUUUGUGGAGUUUGACAUGAAGCCUGUAUGCAAGAAGUGCUAUGAGAAAUUCCCUCUGGAGCUGAAGAAACGCCUGAAGAAGUUGUCAGAGCUAGCAUCCAAGAAGGCACAUCCCAAAGCUCUGGAUUUAAACUCUGCUUAAACAGGUCUGUCAGUCUACUGACUGCACUUUUGCAGGCAUAAGCUGCUGCUCACAGCAGCUGUUGAUUACAGAGGCAAUUACCAACAAGUAAAACCAAAGAUAAGUAGUACCUUCCCCUGCUUCUGGUAACGUAGCUUGCAUCUGACUAUCCCUUUUCUCAAGCAAUUGUCUAUUAACACUGGCAGAAAGAGGAAUAUGAUUUCUGCUUGAGCAGUUUACAGGCUGGUUAUUAAUUUGCUAAUAACAACUUAUUCUGCCUUGGUGGAAUUGUACACAG